AUGGGGAAGCAAAUGCGAAGAGCGAGAUCAAUUCGUUCUUGUGUCUCUCCGCGAUGUUCCUACCUCGCUUCUCUCUCCCUUUUCAGCUGGUACGAAGAGGACAUGUGGACAGAGAUUGCUAAAUUUUUGGAUGGUAGAUCUCUGGUGAUGCUAGCAGCAACUUGCACAUGGUUCAAUCGUAUCGCAACGGACGAUAGCGUGUGGAAACAUGUUUGUUUGCGAGAUCUUCAGGUCCCUGAUCCUGGCACAGUCGCCUUCAAAUGGAUCAAAUUAUAUGCCACAGCUUUUGAUUGGAUGCGAAUUGGUGCAUUCUUUUUUGACUCAAGGGAUGCACUCCUGACAGAGACUCUGAUUGCUCCAUUGAAAAUUUCAAAAGAAGAGACAACACAGAACAUGUUGGAGUUGAAUGGCUGUUGUGUGUUGAAAAACAUCAAAGUUGGAAUCUGGAUUGCAGACUUGCAGCUCGUUCGAUGCCCUGUCUGUGACCUCAAAACUUGUGAUGGAACAAUGCAGACUUUGGAUGCAAGGCAUAUUGAAGUCUUCCUAAGUGAGGGAUACAAAGAUGGGAGCUGGGAGUACGAGUUGUUAGCCUCUCAUGACAUCAGUAAGCAGGCUGAUGGAGCUUCUGCUGGAAUUUUUGACUUGAAGCAUCUCAAGGAUCAAUCUACCUCUGGUCUUAACGUUAAAAUCCACGCUAUGAAGACUGGAAAGGAUGGUGAAGUUGUUGCAAUUCGAGUAUCUGAGCAGCUACUGUAG